GAAGCUUACAAGCUCCGCCCCCUCUCAGUCCUCAUACAAUAAAUGAAGCGAGGGGGGGCAGUGUUGCUAAUUUAGGACACGUGAGCCUGUCUCCUCAAAAGAAUCGGUUCUGUUGGGAACGAGCCUCGCUAUCAAUCAGACAUGGCUCUAUUGGAUACACCCUAUUUCUUUAUUAGGGUAAGAGCCGCGCUUGAUGACGCGUUUGAAAUGCGCCACCAGAGAAGUCAUUGGCGCGUUGAAUUCAAAAUUAUCAGAGGAGUAACGGAAGGUGAGGGACGGGAGGGAAAUACCGGUAGAAAAUGUCUUUUGAUUUUAACAUCCCGCUGUCUGUGCGAGACUUGGUGAAGAGCGGAGGGAUCAAUCAGUACGUAGUGCAGGACGUGUUGUCUGUGCGGCAGCUCGGCGCUCAAAUCUCUGGCUUCCGUGCUGCCCUGCGCAGUAAAGGGCCGCUAUGCAUCCUGGAACACUUUGACACACCCUACAGCGUCUUGUACCAUUUCCAAUCUGCAGAGACUCCUUUGAAAGAGGAGACCUUGGAGCUGCUGGUGCAAGUGGUGUCGCGCCUGUCCUCCGCUCUCCCUGCCCAGCUGGACGAUGCCUCUCUGGACUCUGCUCAGCGCAGGGACCUGCUCAACACUGUGAAGAUGAGCUGUUUCCUGCUCAGCAAGCUGGCAGAAUCAUUCGAGAACGACGCCUUCAAGCCUGGCAUCGUCACUGCCACCAGCAAGGGCAGUAAGAAGGUGAAGUCUAAGGGCAUUGCGGGGUUUGACUGGGAGUCGGAGAGGGAGGGGGUGUUGCAGGCUCUCAUCCAGCUGCUGCAGCUUGAUAUCAGACGCCUCUGGAACAUGUCGCUGGUGGAGGAAGAGUUCACCAGUUGUGUGACCUGCUGCUGCUACAAGCUCCUGGAAAACCCUGCUAUCAACCAGGUGAAGAGCAAGGGGACCCGAGACGGAGUGAUCCACUUACUGGGAGUGCUGGUGAAGAAAUACAACCACCUACUGGGUGCGAGUGUGAAGAUCAUUCAGCUGCUGCAGCACUUCGAGCACCUUGCCCCUGUGUGUGUGCAGGCUGUCAGUCUGUGGGUCUCUGAGUACGGAGUACGGAGCAUCGUGGGGGAGGUCAUGAGGGAGAUCGGUCAGAAGAGCCCGGAGGAGCUGAGUCGCGAGGGGUCGGGGGUCAGAGCCUACGCUGCCUUCCUCACCGAGCUGGCAGCAUGCAUCCCUGCCGCCAUGCUGCCCAGUAUCAGUGUGCUGCUGGACCACCUGGAUGGGGAGAGCUACACCAUGCGCAUGGCAGUGCUGGAGGUGAUGGGUGAGAUGGUGUCUCAGGUGCUGAGUGGGGAGGAGCUGGAGGAGUCGGGGAGGGACGCCCGGGACCAGUUCCUGGACACGCUGCAGGAGCACCUGCACGACACCAACUCCUUCGUACGAUCGAGAAUGCUGCAGACCUUCACCCGCAUCGUCAACAAGAAGGCCCUCCCCUUGGCUCGAUUCAGGGACGUGCUGACUCUCACAGUGGGACGCCUGGUUGACAAGUCAGUCAACGUCUGCAAGAACGCAAUCCAGCUGCUGGCGGCUUUCAUGGCCAACAACCCCUUCACCUGGAAGCUGAGCAGUGUUGACCUGAAAGCUCCUCUUCAGAAGGAAGUGGACAAACUGAAGGAAAUGAAGGACAAGGCAAAGGAGCAAGCGCCAGUGGCUGUGAUCGAGGCCUGGGAGCUGUGGGAGGCCAUGGAGCCUGAGCUGCUGCAGACAGUGCAGUCUGAGCUUCAGAAAGGGAGGGAGGAGAGAGAGGGAGAGGAGGAGAGAGUGGAGGAGACUGCACUAGCAGCGGCCGAGAACAUUGCACACCUCCUGAGAAACAACAAAUACCGGCAGGCAGUGUCUCUCACGCUGGCCUGUAUGAAGAUGUUUCCAGAGGAUGAUCUCUUCGUUGUGAGUGGUGGUGAAGAGGAGGAGGAAGACGAGGAGGACCAGCCCACAGAGGAGGCAGUCAUGGCUGUGAUGGCGCUCAUCUUCAAAGGCCCUGAGAAGAGCAGUGAGAGUGGGGGUGUUGAGACAGGGAACCCCCAGGACCCUCCUCUCCCCUCCUCCGAGCCAGGGGACCCCAGCGCUGCCGCGGAGCUGCUGAGCAAGCAGGAGAUGUUGGUGCAGUACCUGAGAGACACCCACGACUUCGCAGUGAAGAUAGAGGAGGCCAUCGCCGUCAUCAGCACCAUGCUGUACUGGAAAACCACAUCCGUGGUCCAGGAGGCGAUUGAUUUCUUCGUCACGGUCUCGGAGUUCGGUGUGUCCCAGGCACUGGUGGGGGUUAGGAGGAUGCUGCCUCUGGUCUGGUCGAAGGAUGCUGGAGUCAAGGAGGCAGUGGUGGAGGCUUACCGCAGACUGUACCUGAACCCAGCUGGGGACUCGCAGAGAGCAAAGGCGCAGUCCCUCGUUCAGAACCUGUCUAUGCUGAUGGUUGACGCCUCACUGGGGACCAUCGAGUGCCUGGAGGAAAUUAUCUUUGAUUUCUUCCAGAAGAAGGAGCUCCCCCCUGCAGUGCUGCAGCUGCUCUGGGAGAGAUUCACUGGCAAGCUCUCCUCCUCAUCGCUGGAGAGAAGGGCUGCAGUCUUAUUGUUGGGCAUGGCAGCACGGGCUGAACGUGAGAUUGUGUUCAGUAACCUGGACACGCUGGUUUCUGUGGGACUGGGAGAGAAGGUGCAGGAGGACUUCCAGCUGGCCAGAGACACCUGCAUCACCAUCGGCAAGAUAGCAGACUCUGGCAAGCCUAAGCCGGGUAAAAGCAGCAAGCCAUUCAGACUGCCCCAAGACCACCAGCUCUUCACCUGCCUCACCAACGCCAUCACUACAGGACUGCUGUCCCAGGACUUGUACUGGCUUUCGUUUUCGGAGCACGCUGUCUCUCUCCUGUACCGCCUCUCGGAGUCCCCCGAUCGUACCUGUGCUCACAUCCUGCGCCGCUGCUCUGCCCUGCUAUUGGAGGAGCUCAGCAAGGAGGGGGAGGCCAGCAGCCAAUCAGACAACAGCCUGGAGGAGAAGGAUCUCUCCCAGUCUCAGCCCAGUGUCUCCGGCUCCCUCCCCUCCUAUCUCCUCUCUCACCUGCUCUCCCUGGUCGGCUGUGUCGGGUUCCACCAGGUUGAGCACCUGGAGAGGAGUGUGAGCGCGGAGCUGAGGAGGAGGAGAGUGGAGAAGGAGGAGCAGGAGGAGGAGAGAGGGGGGAGGGGCAAGGCAGGAGCAGCCACACGCAGGAAAUCAAAGGCAGGUGAUGACACGCUGGAUGAAGAGAUGGGAUUGGUCGGCGCCUCUGCUGAGGACACGGAGGCAGAGCUUAUCAGAAGAAUCUGCGAGACGGAGUUGCUGAGUGGUGAACAGGUGCUGUCCUCGUUUGUUCCUCUUAUACUGCAAGUGUGUAACAACCCUGGGAAGUACAGUGACCCUCAGCUCACCACCACAGCCUGUCUGGCCUUGUCCAAAUACAUGAUGAUCAGCUCCGAGUUCUGCGACUCUCAUCUGCGCCUCCUCUUCACUAUGCUGGAGAAGUCGGCCCUGCCCAGCGUGAGAUCUAACACCAUCAUAGCACUGGGGGACCUGACCAUCCGCUUCCCGAACCUCAUUGAGCCCUGGACACCCCACCUCUACGCCAGGCUCAGAGACGACGCCCCCAGUGUUCGGAAGACCGCAGUGAUCGUGAUGACCCAUCUGAUCCUGAAGGACAUGGUGAAGGUGAAAGGUCAGGUCAGCGAGAUGGCCGUGCUGCUUAUGGACAGCGAGCAGGAGAUCAUGGCGCUGGCAUUCAACUUCUUCAAUGAGCUCGCAGCCAAGGACAAUGCAAUCUAUAACCUGCUUCCAGACAUCAUCAGCCGAUUGUCUGACCCAGAGAACGGCGUAGAGGAAGAGCCUUUCCACACCAUCAUGAAGCAGCUGUUCUCUUACAUCACGAAGGACAAGCAGACGGAGAGCCUGGUGGAGAAGCUGUGCCAGAGGUUCAGGACAGCCAGGACGGAGCGGCAGUGGCGUGACCUGGCCUACUGCCUGUCUCUGCUCUCCUUCGCCGAGCGAGGCCUGCGCAAGAUGCAGGAGAACUUCGAGUGCUUCGGGGACAAGCUGGGGGAGGAGGCCGUGUACCAGAGCUUCAUCACCACUAUGGGCAAGAUAAGAAGGGGGGCCAAGCCAGAGGUCAAGGCACUGGUGGAUGAGUUUGAACACAAGCUGACUGCCUGCCACACCCGAGGCAUGGAGAACCUGGAGCCAGGAGAGAGCCAGCCAGCACCCAUCAGCACCCCAGCGAGCAAGCUUGACAAGAGGGGAGCCAGGGGAGCGAGGUCGCAGGCGCUGUCCACUCAGAACAGGAACGAUGACAGCGACUUCGUCACGCCCCGGCCCCGCCGCACCAGGAAGCCUGCCCCCCGCAGGCAAAGAGCUGCCAUUACAUUCUCCAGCGACGAGGAGGAUGAGGAAUCUGCAGGAGAGCUGGAGGUGGAGAGUGAAACUCCGAAAGUCCAGACCCCGAUUCAGAGAUCCUCCCGACGCACUCGUACCAAACAGUAACGCAGCGAACUGGGAGGAGUGGGGUUACUGGUACAUGCAGACCCUUCGUACUGGGAGGAGAUGCAGGGAUGUACAGAGACUGGGGGCUGAUCUACUCUACAGUGCUAUUAAGUUUCUAUGUUUGUUUGUUUGUCUUUUGGUUUUCAAUCUUUUAAUUCACUGCCCUUUUUUCCUUACUUUAUUUUUUUAUUUCUCUAAUAAAGAUGUAUUACCCAAUA